CCGUUGCUCCCCUCUCUACAGUAUUCGGCCAUCUUGCCGGCGGCAGUGAAAGCGAAGUAUAUUGAAGCGGCCCCACCACGAUGCAAGGUAGAUGGGGGUUUUAGCACUGUAGCAACGGCAACAGCAUGUGAGAGAGAAAGCGAGCUCUGAACAAGACACUCUUCUUCCCGACUCUAGUCCCUCUCUGCCUCUCUCUCUCUCUCUUUGAUUUCCAUCCAUUUCAUUUAUAGAAAAAGGAAACUCCAAACAUCUUCUCUCUCUCCCCUCCAUGGCGUCCCUCUCCCCUCUCCCCACCGCCCUCUCCACUCUAUCCUCCUUAAACCCCAAUAAUAAUCGUCUUCCCUCCGGACACCGCCACCACCUCUCUCUUCUCCCCAAGAGAACCCUAACCCUCUCCGCCACGAGGUCGACGGAUGCUGAGGGUGGGGCUCUGGAUUCGGCUUCUGCGGUGGUGGAGAAGAAGCCCAAAGCCGCCGUUUCUGCGGAUCCUGAAGGGAAGGAGAAGCAGCAGCCGGAAGCGGUAGCUGCUGCUGCUGCUGGUAAUGGAGCUGCGGUGAAGGCGGAGAUGCCCAAGUUUAGGGAUCCCAGGUGGGUUAACGGGACAUGGGAUUUGAAGCAGUUCGUGAAGGGUGGCGGAACCGACUGGGAUGCCGUCAUAGAUGCUGCGAUGUUGCACGGAGUUGGCCUAGGUUUCAGAGCAGACAAAUACGGUGAAAUUACAUAUGAGGCCAGGAGGAGGAAAUGGCUCGAAGAUUUUCCUGAAGCAACUAGCAACGAUGAGGCUGUAGUAUUUGACACAUCAAUCAUACCAUGGUGGGCGUGGAUCAAACGGUUUCACCUCCCUGAAGCCGAGCGACUUAAUGGUCGAGCUGCCAUGGUCGGCUUUUUCAUGGCUUAUUUUGUCGAUAGUUUGACGGGCAUAGGGCUUGUCAACCAGAUGGGGAAUUUUUUCUGCAAGACCCUGCUAUUUGUUGCUGUAGUAGGCGUGCUGCUGAUUAGGAAAAACGAAGACAUUGAAAAGCUGAAGAAGCUUCUCGAGGAGACGGUGUUGUAUGACAAGCAAUGGCAAGCAACCUGGAGAGAUGAUUCUCCUACUGAUUCCAAGAAGUAAAAUAUGGGAGAUACACUAGUGUUAUGCUUUGCCUUUUCGUUUUUAUGAGCUUUUCUUAAUCAGUAAUAAGAUUUUAGUCAGUAAUAAGAACUUGCAAAAUCCGAUAUGCCAUGCUCCGGUUACAGUUGGUCUAUUAGUGUUCCGCCUUUUCCCUAUGUUUGGCCUUUUGCCCUGAUGUUCCGAACUACUCUAUUCUUUUGUUUCUUAAUGAUGUUUGUGAACAAUUGAAUCUA